CUUAUGUGUAAGAAGAUGAGAAGAAGAAAGGAAGGGAGGAAAAAAGACUAUGAUAAAUGUCAAAACAAAGAAAUAUGGUGGCUGAGAUUUUAAUUAUUUUGACGUUUACGUUUUCUAUUUUUGCAAUCAUUUGAAAGCGCGAACAUGACGGAUAAUGAAUUAAAAAUGUGCUUUACGUGAUUCCAAUCACAUUUAAGAAGACUUGGCAGCUGAAAAUGAGCAAAUUCGUCGACUAUUUCUUUAUCAGUGGUCUGGACUAUAGCUCAGGUUUAGAACCUGACAAAUAUGCUGAGGAUAAUCUUCAUGUUUCCCCUUUGGAAAGAGCCUACAAAGGCAAAGUUCUUGCCCACUAUCCAGAAAAUGUGCAAUACAACCCUUUUGAUGAAUCAGCUGUAUGCUUGUUCUCUCUUCCAUGUGGACUGAAAUUCAGAACCCAGAAACAUUCUGUAACACAAGCUCCUAAUUUUCACUCAUUUGUAAUAACUAGAGAAGAUGGAAAGAGAUGUUAUGGUUUCAGUCUCAUUUUCUAUGAGGAAGUACGAAAUAGGGAUAUUUGUUCUGCAAUGCAGACUUUACAGGCAAUGUACAUUACUGAGCUCUCUAGUGGGUUAAAGCCAAGAAAUUUACAUAAUGUCCAAGUUCAGGGACCUCACUCACGGUCACUGCCCAGACAUUUCAAGCUUGCCCAAAACCAGAGUGGUGCAGCUCUUACAUAUUAUGACAUAUCCAAGGAUAAGCUAUUUGUGUCAAAGAGUAUAGGGAUUAUCACCCAGGUCGCAUACGUGCAGGCAGCUAAAAUAUUCUUAGAGAACUUGUAUAGAUGUGUGCCAAAAAAGUCUACAGCUAGUGGUCUCAGUUUAGAAAGCUAUGUAUUCAAUAUACUAUAUGAGGUUGAAUUGCCUGGUCCUGGCAAAAGCCUCCUUAUCCACCUGCCCCCCUCAGAUCCCCAAUUGCCCCCCGCUAGUGCCAUAAUCCAGAACCCUUCCCCUCCCUUGGAACUGCCCCAUUUGGAUUAUCCCAUGCGGAUGGUGUUCGUCUGGCUGGGGGUCGAUAUCGUCGUUCAGCUGUUCACAUGCUUGCUGCUUGAAUGCCAGGUGCUUCUCAGGAGUUCAGAUCCUCAUCGACUGAUGGUGGUGGCAGAAUGUGUAACUUCAUUACUGUUCCCAUUUACGUGGCCUCACGUGUAUGUGCCAAUACUGCCCGCCUCAUUGCAUCAUUUCUUAGACGCCCCAGUACCUUUUUUGAUGGGUCUGUAUACCUCAUCUGAUAACAUGAAGGUAGCAUCAGAAGCAAACCUCUGCUACGUGGACAUAGAUAAAUGCAAAGUUCAGCUACCUGAAGAAAUUGCAGCCUUUCCACAGCUUGAAGCAUUUUCUGCAGAAAUCUGGUCUGUUUUGGAUAAAUAUAACGUUCAUGUGCCAACUUCCGAACAGAACAGAAAUGCACAGGAAAUAAUGACGCGUAGUUGCACACUACCCGGUCGUCCACAGAACAGGCUAAAGCUGUCCGUUCACGACACUUUAGACAAUGAAAGGCCGCCAUCUCCACCUGGAUCGGCCAGGAGCGAGGCACUACAAAGGAUUGCGGAUAUCGUCAGAAGAACCGGCGUCGCUCUAGACCCAAACGAGUCCAAUCAACCCGUUGAUUCCUACGUGGAGGAUCUCAAGUUCAACAACUCGAUCAGGGAGAUAUUCCUAAACAGAUUUGUUCAUAUUUUCCAGUCGUACGAGAAUUUCGUCAUCGUUCCCAAUCAGGAUAAAGAAGAUUGGUUGAACAACAGGGAUUCCAUGCAGAAUUUUGACAAGGCCUCUUUCUUGUCAGACCAACCAGAACAAGAUAGACUCUUCCUGUGGAGAUUCCUUGAGUCGCAAAUGUUCGCCACAAUGAUUGAUAAUAAAAUUAUUUCUACUUGGGGGGAAGAUGAUAGUAACCUUGCAAUAUUCGACAACAGGAUAAAAAUCCUCAAGAAGAGAUACGGAGGAGAAAAUCUUAUGAGGUCUUUGAACUAUGAACCUUGUAUAACUGCCCACGACACUCAAGCCUUCAUCGACAGAAGGAUGGCAUAUCCAGAUUUCGAGUCGUCUUGUCCAAAAGAAAUUAUGACCUCGAGAACUAUCGUAUCCAGACAGUUCCCUAUUUUGGAUAAAGAGGUGUUGAACAAAACCCCUGUGGUCAACAAGGGUAGUAUUCCUAGAGCGAGUUCGUUAAGGAAGGGGUUGUCGUUUAAGUUGCCUUCUGGAAAUGGGGACAAAUCGAAAAGCACUCAGGAUAUGUCUCCGGCUCUCAUCGCACAGGCGAACUGGACCUUUGUGGAGAAACUGCUAAAAGAUUGCAAGGCGAAAACAAAAAGAAUGUUGUUGGCCAAACUUGGCGCGGAAGGUGUGACUUUAUCGAAUAGCAACGCUUCGGAUGGUGCCGUUGAAGAGAGCACGCUGGUGACGUCGUUGUGCGACUUCCUGGAAAGAGUCUGGUCGCACGGUUUGCAGAAAAAGCGUGGAAAAUCUGCGCUAUGGUCACAUCUACUGGCCUAUCAAGAAAAGUAUCAGCCGGUGUCUAAGAGAGAUAGCUAUUUGAAUACAGAUGAAAUGUCGCGGCUUUCUACGAAUUUAGAAAAUUGGUCGACGCAUUGCACUGAUGCCAAACUUAGAACUGAUUUACCCGAGUUGCCAACUUCGUUACUGUUUGACAUGGGCAAUAUUCAAGGCAUGGCCGAUGUGAAAACUGGCAUAGGCAUGGCCAGGGCCUGGGUUAGAUUAGCACUAGAAAAGAAGCAGUUGUCAAAGCACCUCAGAACGUUGUUGUCGGAUCAGAAUAUUUUACGUUCUCAGUACAAACGACUGGCCUUUCUAAGGUCAGAAGAGGAACGCGAACAGUUCCUCUACCAUCUGCUCUCUCUGAAUGCUGUAGAUUAUUUUUGUUUUACUACUACCUACCCUUCUACUGUGAUACCGUACCAGAUUGUGAUAGUACCUAACAAAAAAGGCACAACUUCCUCAGCGAACGUAUGGGUGGUUCUGUCUGGAACCCUAUCUGAAACUAACCGAAUCUCAGUACCAAAGGCAACUCUCAACUUUCCUUAUAAGCACCAGAAUCUGGGAGUGUUAACAACACUUAGAAUAGGUCAUGAUAAUACCGGGUUAUAUGCAAAAUGGAUGAUAGAUUAUAUUAUUGUAAGAAAUGACAUCACCGGACACACAUACAAAUUUCCGUGUGCUAGAUGGUUGGGUCGAGGUGUAGAUGACGGUUCGACAGAGAGACUGCUCGUAGGCACAUUGAUAUCGAAAAAAGACGAAAUAGAGGAGACGACAGCAGUUAGACAGGGCGGAAGUCUGGGAAGACCCUCCCCUAGAUCUCGAUCACCGGCUAUUCCCCAGAAAGCCGAAUUAAAACCAUCACAAAUACAGCACAUGCUAGGCGACUGUGUAAACAAAAUUGUGAAAUGGCACUACAGACGAAGCUCCGAAAGACAUACAACGCUAACAGCUCUGCUUUGUAGCGAAAAUGGACUAGUGUCUUGUCUCGAGAACGUGUUUUUACUUGGUUUCAAAUCGGGGAGACUUUUCAUGGGAAAACAUUACUUAUGGGACUAUUUUGUGAGAGUAAAAGAACAGUUUGAAAAUGAACUACUGGAAGAGCUGUCUGGUCACAAAUCGGCAAGUUUAGAACGGAAUCAUCAAGAAACCGUGGCUGUUUGGAGGUGUUACUGUCACUUGAUAGAAGAAAUAACACAGUCGAGUAAAAACUUGGGGAAAGAUGGAAAAUUCCAGCUCUUUAUAUGCCUUAGUGUGAGGGAGCACCUUCUCCAUAGAAUGCUGGUUCCAAUGUCGGUGUGCAAAGUAACCUUAGAGAUGUAUGAAGAAACCUCGUUUUUGAGGAAUAGGGGCUUGCUGACGUUUCUCAGACAGAUUCUUUUACCUUUAGACGAAUUAGAUGUGGUUCUUGAAAAAUCUGUGUCUCAUGGUAUAUCUUCACCUUCAUCUCAUCAUGUUUAGAUAAUUUUUUUGUAGUCGGUUACCAUUUUAGUACAGUCAAAUCGGAAAGUUACUAUGCAGAAUGACUAAUGUAUGAUACAUUAUUCUAGAAUUUUGAAUAGUGCAAUAAGAAAGUUUUCCAAAUCAAAGAAGUUUUUUAUGGUGUUAAUUAAUAUUACUUUUUCCGAAUUAUCAUACUUUGGGCAACAAGAAUUCUAUUUUUACCAGAUUAGCUGGUAUUUGAUUCUAUAUAUUUUUAUAUGUAUUUAGGGUUACUUUAUGUAGUUGUUAGUCUGUGAUUAUGAAGUUUUAGGUACAACACGUGUUUCUCCUAUUAUAAGGCCUGUGAUUAUUGGCAUCUUGAAAGACAAAUCUUAGAAUAGAUAUCUGAGCGCUUCGAAACUAGGGCGUCCCAUUAUUUCGAAUACUAUGUCACCUAGAGAAAAGUUUCAAAAAAACUGUGAGGUAUCACGAGGAAAAAUGCUGACUAUGACAUUAAUUACGACCGUCAGGGACAUUAAAAGGUCAAUUUAAUAUGUUCAAAUAGAAUCCUCCGUUUUUUACAUCAUAAUUGGAAAGAAGGAGAAAUUUUACAUCCAAGUAUGACCUUGGCAAUUACUAUGACCUUCAAGGCGAAUUCAAGGAAAAUUGAAAAUUUUCAAAUAGAACCCUCCGUUUUUUACAUCAGAAUUUGAAAGAGGGAGAAAUUUUACAUGCGAGUAUGACCUUAGUAAUGACUAUGACCUUCAAGGCGAUUUCAAGGUCAAGUCUAGACGUUGAAAACAAAUUGCUCCAACAAAAAUGUACGACAUGAGAGAUGUGAAGUUAUGCGAGUCGCCCAAAGGUGACUUUGUCGAUGACCUUGAUGACUAUUACCUUCAAGGUCAAGUCAGAAUUUUACAUCCGGCUGUGACCUUGACAAUGACUAUGACCUUCAAGGCGAUUUCAAUGUUAGGACGUUGAAAACAAUUUGCUCCAACAAAAAUGUACAUCGCAGAUGUGACGUUUGUGAGAGUCACCCAAAGGUGACCUUGAUGACCAUUACCUUCAAGGUCGUCAGAAUUUUACGUCCGGCUGUGGCCUUGGCAAUGACUAUGAUUUCAAAGUCAAGUGUAGACUAUGACCUUAAUGACCAUUACCUUCAAGGUCAAGUCAGAAUUUUACAUCCGAGUGUGAUCUUGACAAUGGCUAUGACCUUCAAGGCGAUUUCAAAGUCAAGACGUUGUAAACAAUUUGCUCUAAAAAAUAUGUGCAUCAAAGAUGUAACAUUUGUGAGAGUCACCCAAAUGUGACCUUCAAGGUCGUUAGGAUUUUACAUCCGGCUGUGACCUUGGCAAUGCCUAUGAUCUUCAAGGUCAAGUCUAGACGUUGAAAACAAUUUGCUCCAACCAAAAUGUACGACAUGAGAGAUGUGAGAAUAUGCGAGUCGUCCAAAGGUGACUUUGACGAGGACCUUCAAGGUCAAGUCAUAAUUUUACAUCCGAGUGUGACCUUGACAAUGGUUAUGGCCUUCAAGGCGAUUUCAAAGUUAAGACGUUGAAAACAAUUUGCUCCAACAAAAAUGUACAUCGUAGAUGUGACGUUUGUGAGAGUCACCCAAAUGUGACCUUGAUGACCAUUACCUUCAAGGUCGUUAGGAUUUUACAUCCGGCUGUGAUCUUGGCAAUACCUAUGAUCUUCAAGGUCAAGUCUAGACGUUGAAAACAAUUUGCUCCAACCAAAAUGUACGACAUGAGAGAUGUGAGAAUAUGCGAGUCGUCCAAAGGUGACUCUGACGAUUACCUUGAUGACCAUUACCUUCAAGAUCAAGUCAUAAUUUUACAUCCGGGUGUGACCUUGACAAUGACUAUGACCUUCAAGGCGAUUUCAAAGUCAAGACAUUGAAAACAAUUUGCUCUAACAAAUAUGUAAGGCAUGACAGAUGCGAGGUUGUGUAAGUCGCUCAAAGGUGCCUUUGAUGAUGAACUUAACCAUUACCUUCAAGGUCAAGAAAAAAUUUUAUACGUUUGAAUAUAAAAUUUCUUGCUGUCUGCAAUUUUAGCAUAAAAAUAUUAAUUUAUAAUUAAUAAUUUCGUCUUUACAAUUCCAGGAUAAGAAAGGGGGGUUUUAGUUGCAAAUAUUCGCUUACCCUUAGAAUGACCUUGAAGGUCGUGGUGAAGGCCACCUUCAUCAUACCCCUCCGAAAUCCUGCAACUUUUAUUUGAAACCUUUUGGCUGUGUAGUUUUCGAAAUAUUUAGGUGAGGAGUUUGGAAUGGGACUCCCGCCUGUAUGAUAAAUAGAGGCAGUAUAGUUAUAAGUUUCUAAGCUUUUUCAGCCUGACUUAUUUUCUGACAUUGGGAAUCCGAUUUUUACCCAAUUUUCACUAAAUAUUCUAUCGAAAAGGUGAAUAAAAAAUAUAUAAGCAGGCGUCUAAUUUGACUGUACUACGAAUCUAGUCUUUCUUGCCCUGAAUGUUUACCAAUGAUUGAUAUUAGGUUUUAAAGUGAUACUUUUUGUGUUAUUCCAUUGUGUACAUAAAAAACGUCGUGCAGAUCUGAAUAUUAUGUGUAAAUAUUAUAAUACGUUCUUUAUUUUUGCAUGAAGGUCAUAGAUAUAGAUAAUUUUUAUUUUAGCUUGAGGUCCAGUUGUUUUUAGGUGGCCUAAUCAAGCAUGUUCAACCGAGAAUGAUGUAAAAUGGAAAGUACCUAAUAAAAUAUAUUCUUGCCGAGAAAA